GAGAGCGAUCCUGCGCCCUGCCGCCACUACGGGGGUGCGUCCGUACGUAAAAGCCGGCGUAUGCUCUUCGCGAAUGACUCGCUCGCUGUCGACACUUGGUUCGGUUCGGUCUGCUGAUAAUACGAUCGUAUUUCUCGACUUUGUCCCGUCUUUUCGAUCAAAGCUCAACCGCAGCCGCGAUCUCGAUCCGAAUAGGAGAAUCGACCUCGUCGUCGCUAAGCAUUGAAUCGCGCUCUAUCGUUCGUCAGUGACAGUUUGGUGUCGGUUCGAUAAUCACCAGCUCCGACCAGAGUUUAAACUCGGUGUUGAGCUAUGAGAAUUGUUUUAAACGUGAAAAGUUUUGCGGAAAUGUUUGUUGGAUUCUUCUUGAGUGUAUCUGUCGUCAGGAGUGAAGUCUAAGAGGAAGAAUUCGCGGGAAGAGGCAACCGCAAACGAGGACGUCGUUGUCGUCGUUGUCGUCGUUGUCGUCGUUGUCGUCGUUGCCGUCGUCGUCCAUAGAGUCGAGUUCGAUUGAGCCCGCGUACGUCCGGGACGGCAUUUAGUAUCGAGUUUAGUUUAGCAAGAAAGUGCAUUCCACGAAUUCGGCAACUCAAUCUUCAAUCUUUUUUCUUUCAAUCAAAAACAAUUUGCAAUAUGUUACAUGGUUUUCUAUUCUUCUUGUCCUGCGCUGACUAAUUUGCUGUAACAAUUUGACAAUGACUCUUUAGCGGUGAUAAUACAUUCUUAUACCGAGUAUUAUAUUGAGAAUAGCUGUCGCUCAUGAUUCCUAAAGAAUAAAACGUGAUGGAAUUGGAAUUUGGAACAAAGUGAGUAAUGUAACAUGUUUAAUUCAUUAAACAGAAAUAUUUGUCAGAAAUCUUAUACUUGAACAAAAAUCAAAAUAAUUAUAUUCUCAUAAUCUUUACAAUUGUUACUUGCACGAGAAAUAUAAUCGCUGAAUUAUAUGUAAAAUGUAAUUAUAUGUAACCGGCGAUUAAUUAGAUGAUAAGAAAACGUAUAAUAUGUUCCACAUACAACGCUCUUGUCUUCCUCUAGUAUGCUUAAAUUUUCUAAUUUUUGUCAACUUGUUUGAAAUCAAUAGAGUUCCAUAAUUGAAAAAUUAGCCACGCGUUUUAUUCGAUUUACGACUUAUUCAAUAUUAUUUUAUAUUUCAAACGCUUAAAAUUAAUCAUCUCGUAUGUCCAACGGUUGAGCAUUCAUUUUUCACAAGGGACGCUUCGAGACAACCCAUCAAAGUAUAAAGAGCGAACGUGAUUCGAGACGGUCAUCAGGCGCGGUGUUUCAAUUCAAGAGGUCUUCCAAUCAUGCCCGUCGCCAUCGUGGUCCGAGAAUGGAUGUGGACUAUUAAAUAAAUCGCGAAUGAUAAUCAAUGUAAAAUAAUCAGUGAUACCGUGACGACGAGUUUCCAUUUUCUUCUUGAAAAUAAGCAGCGAAAACCAGAGAAAACAGCAAUAAAAAAAUGGGAUAAUGAUAGAGUCGUAAUCUGCAUUUCGCGAAGCGAGAGAAGCAUGUUCUCGAUUUUGCUCCAUUUCGAGAGUAAUCGCGCAGCGAGCCGCUCUCUUCGGUCCAGUCGACUCAUCCAUUGGUAUAUCGAACGCGCGAUUUUACGAAAUCAUCACGUAAUCGCACGAAAGUCUCUUCGGCGGUGAACCAGUUUCUUCCACUCGUGGAAUAUGCUCCGCGAAACCACCGUGGAAAUUUAAGGACCGCCGUCGGAAACACGAAAAACAAAAGUGAAAGGCGAUCAUUAGCAAAAUCGAGUGGUCGUCAAGCAGCCCACCCUCCCCCACUCCCCGUACCGGAUGGAUGGCGACGGCGACAGCCGUAGUAUGGCAACGGUAAAACGACGUUAGAACAUUACCGCUUGCAGCUGCAGCUGCGGCGUCAUCGGUCGCUACACCUGCAGCUACGGUGGCGACGGCGACGACGACGACGACGGUGGCAGCGGCGGCAGCGCCGAUGACGGCGGUGGCGACGAUUUAAUCCGAGGGUGAAAUAAUGCAGAACGCCGGCGACUAUUAUCAAAGGGCGCCGAGAUGUUGUCCAGGUAGAAGUGGUAACAACAAUAACAACAACAACAACAAUAGCGCGGGUGGCUCGGUGCGAGGCGCGGAGCUCCUCUGCUGCUGUUGCAGUUGCAGCACCGCUACCUCCACCAAGACUCCGGGGCUGCUGGCGAGCCUUGGCGUGUGCGUGCUCGUCCUCGGUUAUACCCUGCUCGGCGCGUUCGCUUUUAUGGCCCUCGAGGGAGGUCUCAAAUCGGAUUCACUUACCGAGAUUGUACCUUCGAAGCCCGAUGGAAUUUCCUACGUGCUGCCCAAUCUGGAGAACGACUCCACUGCCACGGAGUUGAGAGCGCGCACGGUCGAGAAGCUAUGGAGCAUCACCGAGGACCUGAACGUCCUCUACAAGGAGAACUGGACUCGCCUGGCGGCCCGGGAGGUCCUCGAGUUUCAAGAGAAUCUGGCCCGCGGCCUCAGGCGCACCUCCUACGAACAAGCGCCACCGCGGCAAUCCCGAGAGCAUCAGCGGCUGCACGCUCGACGAUGGACUUUUAGUAGUAGCCUCCUCUAUUCUCUCACGUUAAUCACCACUAUAGGAUACGGUAGCGUAGCGCCACGCACAGUCUGGGGCCGGCUGAUCACUAUAGUUUACGCCUUGGCGGGAAUUCCGUUGAUGCUGGUCUACCUAAGCACAGUGGGCGACGUGCUCGCCCGAAGCUUCCGUCGUCUAUACGGACGCGUGUGCCGACGGCCGCGCAACUGCGCGCGAAAACAACAACCGCCACCACCGCCACCGCCGGUGCCGGUCGGCGGUAUAAUGGCCAAGGCGUAUCGGUACGACAAUCACGUGGAGACCAAGGGAACCGGCGCGGGCGGGAACUACUAUUCGGCGAGCAGGGAGAGCUCCUGCGACGAUCUGGGUAUUCGCGGUACCGGCAGCGCGAUCCUUCUCGACUGCGGCAGCGAGGGUCUUUUGCACGCUACCACCAGUUCGACAGCCGCGCUCCAGGACGUGACAGCAGGCAACGGCAAGCGACACUUUCACCCGUGCUCGCUGUCCUUGUCAUCGACCUCGUCACCGGCCUUCAUGCUGGAAGCGAACCCCGUGAGAAUCCCGAUCAGCUUGUGUCUGGCGAUAAUGCUGGUGUACAUAUGCGGCGGCGCGGUCAUGUUCAAUCGUCUGGAGGGCUGGGGCUUACUGGAGGGCGGAUACUUUUGCUUCACCAGCCUUGGCACGAUCGGCUUUGGAGACCUGAUGCCGGUGGGGCGUAACGCGCCCUCGACCACCUUGGAGGAGCUCAGCUUAUGCGCCUGCUCACUCUACAUCCUCGCUGGGAUGGGCCUGAUCGCCAUGUGCUUCAACCUCGUCCAGGAGGAGGUGGUACGCGUGGUCAGGGUCUUCGGUAGAACCUGCGGCAUGUCGUCGAGCGUGGUGGUCGGACCUAUCGGUGGUACAGCAGGCGCCAUUUCCGGUCUCAAGGCCGACCUCGAUGAUGGAGGCGGCACCAGCGAUUCGCGAUUGUCCGAACAAGAGGAGGAGGCGAUUGCCAUGUCAAUGGUGCCAGCCGGUUCCUGACAGUAUCAGGCCAGGAGCCCCGGCGACGGCA